AUGCCACCACUUGGCCACAGCACCCAGAGAUGGGCUGCUCCAGCUCAGCUGGCCCGGGUGGCAGCCGUGCUGCUGUUGGUACUGCCCGGCACGCAAGCGGUCCGACCCACCAUCUCCACUGACCAGGGCAUUGUCGACAUGACCGCCCCCACCCGCAUCCAGACCACGCUUCGCGAUGGCACCAAGCCAUUGCAGCUUGAGGAUGCCGCCAUCACGCUCGAAGCCCCUUCCAUCGACAUGACCACCAUCACGACCACUCUCGACUCGGCCACCCUUGCCCUAGCCGUUGACAAUGGUCAAGAAACGGCAAGCCUGACCUACGCUUCGCAUGCCGACACCCACAGCCAAGCCACGAUGAACCUUGAAACGACAGGCGAAGCGCGCAUGCAAGCCAACUCCAUCACGCUCCAAGCCACUUCAGCCUCCGCCUCCUCCGAAGCCCUUCGUGUCACGGGUGGCCAGGUGGGCCUGAUUGCAGACAAUCUGCACAUUGUUGGAGAGAGCCCACGCAUCAUCCGGGCAAGCAACUCGAUUGCCCUGAGCGAUAUGGGCGAGAACGCUGGCCUUCACGUCAACUCGGAACAGGUUGGCGUGCGUGCCAGCAACGUUGCCAUAAACGCUGCCACCACGCUAGAGCUGCAAGGACAAAAGGCAGAGCUGCGUACCAGUGACGCGGCCCGCGCCGUCACCGUCGCCUCGGACGGCAUCCAAAUCACCAGCACCGGCGACGUCCUCCUCCAAGGUGCCCUCAACACCCUCAACGUCACCCACCUCGCCGUCCUCCUCCGCUCCAUGCGCGCCGACGUCGAUGCCCUCAAACAACAGCUCAACGCCACCCGCGAUCAGCUCACACAGCGCGCCGCCCAAACCCAGUCCUCCUCAAACAACAUCGAAGCCCUCAUGUCCUCCAUCAGCUCCCUCCUCGGUACCGAGGACACUCACCUCUCCACCGAGAUCAACCAGCUCAACAGCCAGCUCACCGCCGCUGAACAAGCCCAAACCCUCGUCGUCAACAACGCCGACGCCAACCUCGACCAGGAACUCUCCGGCCUCGAGUCCCGCGCCGCCCAGGUCUCCCGCGCCUUCCCCAGCCUCGAAGACGCCAUCGACACUGCCUUUGACAGCGUCGAGGCCGAGUACGACCGCAUUGGUGACGUCCUGGAUGACCGCGUGGACAGCGUGGCCGAUAUCAUUGAUGACCUCGAGCGCGAUCUGGAGGAUCGACUGGACGACGUGGCUGAUGAGGCCGUGGACGUGCGCGAGGACGUGGCAGAUGCGAUUGAGGACGUGAAGGAUGAUGCGCAGGAGUUUUCGGAGGACCUGGGCCAGGCGCAGCAGGAUCUGGCGAGUGCGGUGGGCGACAUGGUGGGGGAUUUGUCGUCGGCGGCAGCGGAUCGGGCCGAGGUGUCGGCCGAGGUCAGCACGAGCUACCGAUCGGCUCAGGUGGCCAGCGCCAAUGUGGCCGACAGUGCCAGCGAUACGGGCGCACUCAAGCAAGCGAUUGCCAACCUUGACAUUCCCGACGCAGCCAUGGUGGCACGUCUACGCUUGCGCGGCAAGCAGGUUCUGUCCGAUGUGAAUGGCACCAAAGAGCUUGUGAUGAUGGCCGCCAACCAGAACAACGCCAUGACCUCGCGUGUACCCAACUGGGAGAUGGAGACGUCCGAUUUGUUUGGUGCUGGCUGUGAUUUCAACGGCACCACCCUGGCCUGUGGUGCGCCAAACUAUGGCACCUAUGGCUCUGUCUUGGUCUACACGGUUGAUCUCGAGAAGAUGACAGCCACUCUCGUCCAGACCAUCGCUCAGCCUACCAACAUUCUCACCGUCUAUACGACCUCCAACUACUUUGGCUGGUCGGUGGCGCUAUCGGCCAAUUUUCUUGCCGUCGGCGCACCCUUGCUGGAGGCAUCGAGCUCCUAUUCCAACUCGGGUGGCGUCUUUCUCUUUAGGCGAAACUCCGUCAGCAACCUUUUCGAGGCCGUGGCUGGCUACCAACUCUCGUCCACAUCACACGCCUGUGGUCGCAGUCUGGCCCUGGGCGAGUAUUCCUUAUCGAGCGCUGUGAUUCAGAUGGCGUGCUCAGGCAGCACCCCCUAUCUGCGUUCUGUCCGAUACUCGGGUAGCUCAAUCAUGACGCUGUACUCGACGCUCUCGACGGGUUCCGCUGGUAGCUCUUACUAUGGAUACUACGAUCGUCAAAUGGACUCGGCGAGCAAUUAUGUCAUUGUGGGCGACACCUACUAUAGCUCCUACUCUGGGCGAGCGUCUGUGUACCUCAGGGCCAGUACGUCCAGCACGUCGGUGCUGACGUACUUGUAUCCAGCAACCUCGCAAUCUUCGCAGUACUGCGGCUUCUCUGCCGCGACAGAUGGCGACUACUUUGUCUUUGGAUGUCCUUACUAUGAUACCACUUUCAGCCAAGAGGGUCUAGUCGUCAUCUAUAAACGUACGGGUAGCUCCUUUUCUCGAACGCAAGUGCUCCGUUCGGCUCUCCCCACUUAUGUUGCCAACAUGUAUUAUGGCAUGACCGUGAGUGUCAAUGGUGGCAAGAUCUUUGUGGCAGCCCCAGGCGAGCUGGCCAACCUUGGGCAAGUGUACCGCUACGGUUUAAAUGGCGGUAGCACGUUUGAGCUCGAGCGCGUUUUCACGGGGGCAUUGCCAUCCGAGUACUUGGGAUAUCACACGCUGAUUGGAUUUCCUAGUGGGGAUGGCUUCUUCGCCGGCUAUUAUAGCUUCAACUCGUCGCGUGGCAUUGUUUCCAUGUACAACAACAUUCAGCUCUUUUAA